AUGGCCCAUCUCUUUCGACCACGGCCAUGGUAUCAUCCCAUGUUCGGUCCUUUUGUUCUGAUCACAAUCUGUGGGCUGAUGUCUCCAAACGUCGUGAAGUCGAAUUCACAUCAAUCGGAUGGUUGGUUAUGUGACCAUCUUGCUAGUCCAUCUAAUCUUUGGCCAACUGAGCUCAUCUCAGCUGUGGAAAUACGUUACCAAAAUGACAUCAUUUACUCUAAAGUUAAAUUCACUGACAUCACGACUGAGUUUCUUUCGUCCGAGUUAAGGAUUCAAUUAUACAAUGACCCCACUAGUACGGUUGACUUGAAAAUCGAUGAGCUAAAAUGUGGUGAUGAGGCAACAUCAUCACUACUACAUCUAAAAGAAUUUCUGACAUUAAGUUGGAUCAUUAUUGAGCCGGCUAGGAAAUGGGCAGUCAAUCUAUCCAGCGUCAAAUUAGUUAAUGCAAGGCAGGACUCAUUGACUAAAGAGACCGUUGUGCAAUACGUGACCAUUUUACCAAGAUGUGGCACAAAUGAGAUGGUACAAUGUAAAAUACAGAUUGUAUUAGGAUUUGGAAUUGGAUUGGUGGGUUCUUUUUAUGUGAAGAAGGUGAUACUAAAAUUUCAAGACUUGGGUUCAAGUUGUCUAAACGGAAGGGACUUUUUGGCUGUUACACGAGGGGCAAUUAUGGAGAAAAAUAAUGUAAGAAGGAAAGUGGUAGAAGAUGAUGAAGAAAGAUGGAAGAGUUACAAGAAGUUCAAGGAAAUGAAAAAAGAGAAAAAGGAGUCGAUUAAAAAAGAAGAAAGAAAACUAGAGUUUGAAAUUAAGAUGAACUAUAUUGCCAUCUUUGUGACUCUUUUGUUUAAUGUGUAUUUCCUGAGUUUAUUGUUACACUAG